UUUCUAUUCCCCCUUCUUCUUCUUCUCCAACCGCCACCACCACCAGCACCACCGUCUUCAACUCUCUUUCUCUCUCUUCUGCAAAUAGUGAUUUUGAAGACGAAAUGAGAACAGAUGAUUUGUUCAUCACAGUCCCUACCUUAUUCCGUUGCCCAAUCUCUCUUGACCUAAUGAAAUCUCCGGUCAGUCUCUGCACCGGCGUCACCUACGACCGUACUAACAUCCAACGCUGGCUCGACGCCGGUAACAACACCUGUCCCGCCACCAUGCAACUCCUCUCCACCAAAGAAUUUGUUCCAAAUCACACUCUACAACGUCUCAUCCAGAUCUGGUCCGAUUCAUCCAUCAAUUCUCCAUCUCCAUCUUCCUCUUUGUUAACCACAUCCGAAGCCUCUGAAAUCGUCGCCAAAAUCCUUCGCUCUCGAAUCAACUGCCGCGGUUACAUCUCGAAGCUUCUCUCAUUCUCGCAAGUCUCCGAUCAAAACAGGAAGUUCCUCGCGACAAUCGACGGUUUCUCUCAGUUUCUCAUCAGUAUCGUGGCCGACACCGCGAAUCUCAACACGGAUAAUUUGAAAUUUCUUGAAGAAUCGGUAAUGCUGCUUCAGCUGGUGUUGAUUGGAGUAAGUAGAGAACAGUUAGCGAAAUAUCUAAUGGAGAAACGAGAGAAAGUGACUGAAUCAACUAUAUUCAUAUUACAACGAGGAAAUCUAUCAUCCAGAAUCGCAACCGCCAAGGCGCUUGAACUAGUAGCAAUGGAUGCUGAAUCCAAGCUUUAUUUCGCCGAUAAAACCGAUUUACUAUCAGAGAUUUUCAGAUUAGCAACAUCCAAUGACUCCGAUCCAGAAGCGAUUGAAAGCGGAUUAUCCUGUUUGAUCUGUUUAUCAAUACCGAAACGAGCUAGAACAAGACUCAUCAAACUCGGCGCAGUCCAAGCUUUAAGCGAAAUGCUGAACAAGACAAAUCUGAGAAUCAGUAUAGCAGAGAAGAUUCUGAAGCUUCUGGAAAUGGUAUCGACGACGAAGGAAGGGAGUUUAGAGAUUUGUGGAAGGAACGGAGAAUGUAUCAAUGCGUUGUUGAAGAAGAUCUUGAAGGUUUCGACGAAGGCGACGGAGCAUGUGGUGACGAUACUGUGGAGUCUGUGUUGUGUAUUCCGGGAAGCGGCGGCGAGGGAGGCGGUGGGUAGUAGUAAUGGAGGGACGAAGAUAUUGGUUUUGAUGCAGAGUAAUUGUUCGCCGGCGGUCCGGCAGAUGGCGAAUGAAUUGCUGAAAAUAUUUGGGGUGAAAUUGAAAGGUGGAACUGGUUCGUGCUUGUUGAGCUAUGAAACGAAGACGACACAUAUUAUGCCUUUUUGAAAAAUUAAUUAUUAUUAAUCAAUUAACUUCACAUUUUGUAUUAUAGUUUUUAUAUAUAUAUAAAUGAGAGAUGGUAAU